AUGGGUUGUCGAGAUAUUCUGUUGACUUUCUGCGUCGCUCUAUUACUCAUCUCUCUGUUCCAGAUCUGGCUUUUCCGGGAAGGACAAGUCCGGGAACUGUCAGAAGAAGAUCAGCUCCGAAAAGACGGAAGUACCCUCGUCUCCAAGAACAAGAAGGACGACAAUGUUCAACGACUCUACCAAAGGUAUUUCAAGGGGUCAUCGUUUGGUCUAAACAACACCCACACUCGGUUUGAAGAUUCCAAUAGAAAGAUCCCUAGUGCCCCAGAUCCUCUCCACAACUAG